AUGGCUGCGAAUGUGAUGCUUAUCAAUCUUCUGGUAGCUCUGUUUGCGACUACGUACGAGCAGGUCCAAGAAGACUCGGACAAGAUCUGGAAACUCAACAGAUUUGAUCUCGUCAUGGACUACUGGGGAAAGGACCCGAUCCCAACGCCACUAAUUCUCGUCUACCAUGUCUUAUUGUUGAUCAAGUACAUUCGUUUCUCGUUUGGCGAAAAGAAGAGCAGGCGAACGACGAUUGUUUGCUGGCCUCGUAUACCUGGCGAUCACGCUGUAAAUUUGAGGCAAUUUCCGCUGAAAGUAUAUCCUCCGACAGGAAAAGACUCAGACGCGAAGAACUCCAUCAACUCGCUAAAGCACAACACGAUUGAUUCCUUGAUCAACAACCUGAUUGACUUCGAAAAAGUCGAAGUUGCUACUGCCAAAGAAAAGGAGGAUGAAAACGAGGAGCCAAAAGAAGUGAUGCGACAGAUGAACGAAAAACUCGAGCGAUUGAGAGCAAGCGUACUCAAGCUUCAAACAAGGCUGAGAAAGAAAAACAAGGAUGAAUAA